GCCCGGAGGGCGGAGGAGGGGCCAGCGCGGCGGGACGGCGGGCAAGGCAGGUCGGCGCGGCCCGGCGCUGGAGCUAGGCGGUCGGACUGGCAGGGGCGGUGUGCCGCGCGGGACCCUCAUUGGGGAAGGUGGGGGGUCGGGGCCGCCUCCGCUCCGGGCCGCACGUCCGAAGACCGGAGAAGGGGACUGACUGCGCACGCCACCAAGAGGGCGCACAGCUGAGGCCGGACGAUGCGCGGUCUCGGAGCAGGGUUUCCUGCCCAGGGAGCCCGGCUGCGCUCGAGGGGACCCCGAUGUCACCGGCAGGGUCGGAGCUCGGUGCACCACGCCCCCCUCUGCGCCCGGGGCCUCUGCGGGGACGCAGGUCUCAGGAAAGUAGCCUUUAUUUAUGCGGCACCGAUCGGAACGCGCGGCCGGACGGACGGACCUGGACGGAGCGUCCCUGCUUGGAACCUGGAGCGGGGCGCCGCGCGCUCGUGUGGCGCCUCAGCCUCCCCACCGUUCGGUCCCCGGAGGCACGGAGCUCACGGCGGGACGAUGACGGUUGGGCCAGGCCAGGCGUGGGAGACUCCCAGACUCCGGCCCGCCAGGACGGCCAGCUGCGUCACCUUGGACGUGGGCAAUACUUCGGGGCCUGGGUUAUGUCGCCUGUAAUCUGAGGACAACGGCCUGGAAGGGGCUCAGGUGACACGGCGGCCCUCACGGGGGCCGAUUUAGCCGGUCUGCCGCCCCUCCGCGCCGGACCGCCAGGCGGGGUACCAGGGAAACCGGGAUGCGCCGGCUUGCGAGCCCACCGUGACGCAGAGCUGGCGGCCGCUAGCGACAGCCACCCUGUGAGGGACUUUCCCCCCAGUACCCUAACCGCUUUCCCGUCCCUAAGGGUCCCCUCCCGCCCCGGCUCCCUUUCUCUCUGAGGAAGCCCAGCGCAGCCUAACCCUCACAGGGCCGCGGAGAGGGCGCGCCAGGCGGGGAUUUGCGCCAGGCCCGCGGCGCAUGCUCGGUGGUUGGGGACUGGGCGGGUACCCCGGGCGGGGAGCCUGACUGAAGGGCGGCUCUGCUGAUUGGUCGGGCAACUCACGCCACGCCCGUUGCCUUCCGAUGGACAGUUCCUUACCUGCCGGGUCGGCCUCCGCAGAGAGCGGUGGCCUGGAAAACCCAGUUUUGGGAGAAGCCCUGCCGCGCCUCCCGCCCAAGUACCCAGAAGGUUUCAUAGCCGCCAGCACUGCGGUGGAGGAGGCCGCCUGUUGCGUCCCACCCCACCAGAAAGCCUAACACUGGCCUGAAGCGUAAUCUUAAAGUGGUAGGGGAAAAUACCGAUCUAGCGCAGAGAGCAAAACACCUCCGUUCUGGGUUUAAUGGGCAGGUCUGGAGGUGAGGCAUGCCGUCAGCACUCAAUACUUACUUGCAGGAUCGGAUUGUUUCCCCCAGUGGGUGGGGACUGCAGGAUGUAGCAUUGAGCGAGCCUGACAGAUCGGAAGAUAAAACAAGUGUGAUAAUAAAAACAAUUACACACUAACCCAUUUCCUCCUCCGUGAAAUGAGGGAAUGGCCUAGACAUUUUCCAGACCUCUUCUGUCCUAAGAGUGGAGCUGGGUGACAGAGCAGGUGCAAGCCGGCCUUUCCCUGCCUCCCCGGGGAACGCACUCUGUUCAGUGAAAGCAACUCAGCUCUCAUUGACACCUUUCAGCUGCAGGAGUGUGGCCGCUCAGAUCUCAUCUGAACUGUUGACAACAGUUGUCUUCUGAGAAUCGUGAAUUAGAGCCUUCCUUUAGGCUUCUGACUCCCUCGAAGGUACCAGACAACCCAAACUUCUCCUCUUGUUACCUUGGCUCUCUAAGCUGUAUCUACUUCUAUACAAGGCGAACAAUUUUGUCUUUUUAAAUUAAAAACAACAAAAGUACCUAA